CUUCACGGUCACAAUCUUCCCCUAAGCGGUCUGCUAGUAUUGCCGAAUCUCCAGGCCUCCAAGAAAAACAGAAAACACCAUGCCUUCGAAGGGGUCAAAGCAGUCCGAUGGCAGUCCGACAAAGUCCGGGCAAACCAAGGGCAAGCCCAAGGCGCUCAAGACAGACGACUGGGCGGAGGUUACGGACCCUGAGAUGCGCAGACGCAUCCAGAAUCGAAUUGCACAGCGCAAGUUCAGAGAAAAAGCACGAGAAAACAAGGAAAAGGCCGAGCGAGAAUCCCAAAACAAGGAGCUCGCGGGGCAGGCUUACUACACCCCAUCGACGACCGACUUGGGGCCCGAUCAGGAGGAGUCCGGGUUACCCUGGGGCGGCAUCAGCAUGAGACACGUCGUCUCCAGAGGGCACGAGUACGAGAGCCGUCGAAGCAGCAAAGGCGACUGCGUGCGGGACGACAUGCGGAUGCUGAGCCCGUACAGCACCGGUGCCUAUGCGGGAAAUGCCUACCCCCAACCUCCCGGCUACGCCAGUAGCGGGGCAGAAGAGAUAUUUUAUGAGGGGGAAUCGCAAUACCCCUACGAUUUUGACCAGGGAAAUGACCCUCCCCAGAUCCAACCGCAACAGAACAGUUAUUGGAAGUAGUCCGGUCUGGCAGCCGUAUCCCGAUGUCUUUGCCUCCCCGUUGAUGCAGCCCUACGACAUAUCCUCUCCCAGCAACAGCAGUACGUCGUCGCACGGCUUCGGAUACACUGGGCAGAAUCUCUCUUAGAAUGUCUUGUGCUAUUGGAUAUGCAAGUGUUAGAGCAUGUCCUAUUAUCUGGGUCUUGAUAGUGUUCCUGAUGAGAUCGGGGCUUCCCCUAACAUCAAGAGCCUCUAUUUGAUGGUUAAUGAGCGUGCUUCCAUUCUCUCUCUACUCUUCUUUCACCAGCGACUCAGCCUCACAGCCCUCGCCACUUGUCCAAUCUUCAUCUAAUGUUGAAGAUUUGACGCGUGGAUGGUGGUCAGCAGCAUUACUUGGCUUGUGUACCAUUAACAAAUAUACUGCGUAAUAAUGGGGAUAUAUGUUCGUACGGAUACCUUAAGUGACGGAGGGGUUUGAGUACCUUAGGUCAAGGGAGAAGUACCGAUGUCAAUGAGCGG